GCCAUAAAAAUACAAGUAUAUUGUAGUACAAGUUAAAUUAAUUAUGUAAAUAGCAAUAAUUUAUUAUAUUAGCUUUGUGUUAUAUGGUUAUUAUCAGUGUUUGCUAAUGAAGUAUGAAGUAAGUCUAAAGCUAAAACACCGACAAAAUUGGACUUUGAUUUGAGCACGGAGUUCGAAAUGUAUUUGGUCCAAGUUUUUAAGGUUAGCUCCAACUGACUAAAAAAAAAAAAAAAAAAUGGCAAAUUCAGAAACACUUCAGUAUUUUCCUUUUUCAUCUGUAAUCGAGCCGAGCUUCUGGCACAAGCUGUACCAGGUGAAACUGGACGUGGACAAGCUCGAGGAGAAAAUCACUCCGGUGUGGGGUAAGUACUCGCAUUCCAAUACGGCUGGCAGAGUGAACUCCAGACCUGUCAUGACGGUCGACUGUAGCUCAUUCAACGGGAGCUUCGAAGGCUCUGGCAGCGUCAUGCCGGCGUACGGCAAGCUCCUGAUCAAGAACAGCCUGGAGGACUUCAAGGCCAGUGACAAGGUGAAGUUGCUCGACGAGUGCGGACAGGCCCUGUGGGCGGACAUCGAGAGCGGGCGGGCGUGCGAGAACCCGGCGCUGCUCAACGCCUUCUUCUUACUCUCGUAUGUGGACCUGAAGAAGUACCAUUUCUACUACUGGUUUGCGUUUCCUGCCGUGAAGAUGGGGUCCACAGCGCAAGUCUCCGCCCCGCGACGGCUGCACGACGUGUUGUCCCAGGAGGAGUUGGUGGCUCUGGAGGAACAGGUGAACGAAGUGGCCAGCUGGGAGCGGCUGAGCUGCUUCACGCUGAGGCGUGCGCCCCUGAGGCUGCUAGCGCUGGGCGAGCUAGGCGCGGGCGGGCUGCCGGGAUUCUGCGACCCCUCGACAGCUGCCAGCCCGGGCUGGCCCGUCAGGAACCUCCUGGCGCUGCUGGCACGCUGCCACCCGCACCUCGUGGGGAAGCGCGUGGAGAUGGUCGGACUGCGGCUGACCCUGGAGGGCCGCCGGCGGAGCACCGAGGCCAGCAUGGUGUGGACUGUGGUGCUGCCAACCCUAGACGAGGGGGGCGUGCAGUGGGUGGGCUGGGAGCGCAACGAGCGAGGACGGUACGGCCCACGCUUCGCCAACCUGUGCGCCAGUAUGGAUCCGGCUCAGCUGGUGAGCACGUCUGUCGACCUCAACCUCAAGCUGAUGAAGUGGCGCCUGGUGCCGGAACUGGACCUGGAGGCGUUCAAGAGCGUCCGCUGCCUGCUGCUAGGAGCUGGCACGCUGGGCUGCGCUGUCGCACGCCUGCUGCUGGCCUGGGGCGUGCAGCACAUUACCUUCGUGGACAACGGCCGGGUGUCGUACUCCAACCCUGUCAGACAGUCCUUGUACACGUACCGGGACUGCGUGAAGGAGCACUCGUCAAAGGCCGUCAUUGCGGCCGAAGCCCUGCGAGAGAUCAACCCUGGUGUAGUUUCGGAGGGGAUCACCCUCACCAUCCCCAUGCCCGGUCACCCGAUCGGUCCGAUAAAGGACCCGAGCGGGGGCGACACGCUAGGUGCGGCGGCGGUAAGGGCAGACUUCGACAGGCUCGUGGAGCUAGUGGGAAGCCACGACGUGGUGUUCCUGCUGACAGACUCGCGGGAGGCCCGGUGGCUGCCCACGGCACUGGCUGCCUCGAAGGACAAGCUGGCGAUCAACGUGGCGCUGGGGUUCGACACCUACCUGGUGAUGAGGCACGGACCGCGCGGGGCGGCGUCCCGCCUGGGAUGCUACUUCUGCAACGACGUGACCGCGCCGGGGGACUCCCAGAAGGACCGCACCGUGGACCAGAAGUGCACGGUGACGCGGCCGGGGGCGGCGGCCGUGGCGGCGGGGCUGGCGGUGGAGCUUCUGGCGGCCGUGCUGCAACACCCGCUGCGCGGCGCGGCGCCAGCAGAGCCCAGCGACGAGCGAGGCGUGCUGGGGCCCGUGCCCCACUCCCUGCGCGGCUUCCUCUCGGAGUUCCGCCAGAUGGCGCUGCCCGUGCAGAGGUUCGACCGCUGCAUUGCGUGCUCGGAGGGGGUGCUGGGGGAGCUGGAGGCGCGCGGGUUCGAGUUCCUGCACGCCGUGCUGGACGAGCCGGGCUACCUGGAGCGCCUGACGGGGCUGGCAGAGCUGCGGGCGGACUUCCAGGACACCGACGUGUGGGACCUGAGCGACUCUGACGGGGAGGAGACUGUAGCGUGAACCCAGCACAGCAGCGACAGCUAUUACCACAUUUGGACCGGGCCAGAUGACCUCGUAUGUCGCCCGUGCAUUCGCUUGCUUUGGGUUCGACUUUUAUGUGAAUUAUCCCGAUGAAAGAUUACCGUGAACACGUAGGAUCGUAUUGAGAUUUGAAUGGAAAAUUACAAUUAGAAUUUUUUGGUAUCGACGGUUGCAUCUGUCUUAAAAAAAUGUUGAGAAAAAGUCUGCAGUUUUUAAAAACUAUGCAAAAAAAUAAUUUUUCUUGUUACUAUUUCACUGCUAUUGAAAAAUAAAAAUUGUAGGCCUAGAUUAACUGCUGCAAUGCAUAACAUAAACCUUCACGCUAUUUAAAAAAAAAGCUUUUAUUAGUUUCACUUGUAAUUCAUGAACUAUGUAAACAAAUCUUGGAAGUCAGUUUAAACCUACUAAUCGUUGUGCUGAUUUGAAUCUUCUCAAGUGUUUGUUACCCAGAUGACAAUGCAAUAAUUUGGUACCAAGCCGAGCUGAUGAUGGGAGCCAGGUGGAUAGUGGAACUCUUCAAUAGGUGCUAGUAAAUCCCUUACUUUUUUUGUUUGUAACAAAAGCACGUUAUUUCAAAACUAUAAUUUAUGAUCUGUUAGUGUGUAAUUGAGAAAAUUGUAUUUAUUUUUAGUUUUUUAAAAUAUAUUUUAUUAUUCAUGGUUUACUGUAACUGCACUCUUGUCUACACUUUAGUCAAAAAGUGUAAACUUACCAUCAAUGCUCGGUGAUCUGUUAGUGUGUAAUUGAGAAAAGUGUAUUUUUAGUUUAUUAAAAUAUAUUUUAU